AUGGACGUGAGAAGAAACCCAGGUUCAAAUUUUUCCACUACUAUGAAGAGCACUGCACAGCUUAACCUAACACCAAGGGUUGAGAAUAACAUGAAUUAACAAUGUUGGCUGGUGUGAGCUCUUUUAAGGGUGACUUGGUGUCAGGCUCAUUUACAGUUUUAGUUCAGGUAGACGUAAGGGCCAGAGGCAGAGAAGGUAGGGCUGUGGUUGGAUUCCAGGGCAGGCAGACAAGACUCUUCAGCAUUUUCUCAUGGUGAUGAGCUGUUUAGAUAGAGAAGUUAGCUUGAAGUUUAAAGCAGUGGUUCUUUAUUCUCUAUGAGUAAUAAGAACUUCAAAAUUGCCAGGGGUCUUAGAGGAUCACUUAAUGAUUUUUUUGCCUGAUUCGUAGCAGCUGCAAAUCAUUAUGCUAGAUAUUUUAUUGUACGGUAUUACAAUCUGAACUCCAGAGAAUUCAAAUUGUGAUGCAAUAAAAAGGCAACAUAAGAAAUAAAAGAAGCAAUAAAAAUACAAUUAAAAAUCAAUAAUGGUAUGCUGGAAUGGGUGCAGGAAUAAGGCAGGUUUCUGAAGACCCAUCUUUGAAACACUCACCCCCUGGGCAGUUUACCCUGGGAGAAAAAUUUGGUAAAACUGAGCCUGUAUGUACACACCAUACAUUUAAAGCACAUCUCUGCACAAGCACCCCGAACGAACCAGGUAGACCAGAGCUUGUGGUGCAGUGCCACGGAACUCCACCAGAGUGGUGUAGCUUACAGAGUGCUGAGCUAUAGGCUCAUUCUGCUUGGCUGCAGGUACAGCUAGCCACGGUGGGAGACAGCACUUUGGGAGGGAAAAAGAAAAAGGAGUUUGAGUUCCUGGCGUUCAACUGGAUAGCAGGAUAGCUGGGUGUGCAAUUCACCCUGAGGAAAGAUCUACAGUCAGAGAAAGAAGUCUCUGAGCUGGGGGAUAUAUUAAAAGACAACAUUUAGUGUCACACACAUGCACACCUAUUUCUUGAAAGAAUUCCAUCUCCAGACACAUCUUUUGUUUUACCAAUUUUGUUGUGAAAAUAAAAAAAAUUCCUGUUUAACUAAGUCUCCAAGUGCUAGAGUUUUCUUCAAAAAGAAAAAGAAGAACCAAAAUAGACAGUAGGGAGAGGGGGCAUAUCUCAAGCAUGUAUGCAGUCUCUUGUCUUCAAGGCCCUUCCAGCGUUGUGGGGGGAAAACACAUUAAAAAUUAUGUCCCCAGAUACAUACAUGGCGGUAUGAUAAUCCUAUGCAGGUGAGGGGAUGUAUGAGGUGGGUAACCUGGGAGGAGGGGCAGCAAGUGCUGAAAUUGGGAACACAGGAAACACACUAUAUACCAUGAUCACAGUGAAGCAAAAGCACAGAAUAAUUUGCGUAAGGACCUUUAUGAUCUGUAUUAUGUUGUGGCACAUAUGCAGAUAGGUAUUUUAUGAAAUAAGGUAAGAUGACAACAAAACACUAGAAUUCCCCAAUUUUGGUUGGUGUCCCCCACUUCCCCCCAAAGAAACCCAACAAAAUUUGGCUGGAGUUAAUACUUUGGCCCAUCAGAAAUUCAACUAUGACAGCAUUUCAUCACUUUAUAUGCAAAAAGUUAUAGCUCUGUAGUAGAGCACAUGCUUUGCAUGCAGAAGGUCACAGGUUCUAUCCCUGGCAUCUCCAGGUAGGGCUGAGAAAGACCUACCUGGAGUAGGUCUUUCUGAAAUGCCUUAGAGCAGCUGCCAGUCAGUGUAGACAAUACUAAGCUAAAUAGACGGAUGAUCUGUUUUUGGUAUAAGGCAAAUUUCUAUGCUCAUUCAACUGAAUGUGAAGACACAGGUGUAACUGGCAUAGCUGCUAGUCAGUGCUUUGUUUUCAAAUGCUUACCACAUGCUACUGUGGGUAAAAGGUACCCACUUGCUAUGGGGUGUAUCUACUUAUCUUUCUGGCAUACCAAACUGCACAGAUAAAAAACAAAAAAUGACACCGUUUGCUACCACAAAACCAGCCCUGACUCAGGACCACUCAAAAUACAAUUGAGAAGAAAAGCACCAAUCUAUAUAUAGAAACAGCAACUUUCCACCUCCACCGUGAGGAAUGAGCUGAACGGCAAAGGUUGUUCAAAUGCUGCUUGAUGCUCUCUGCUGAAAUAGCCUUCUCCCAACAUCAAUCACAAGGUGUGCUGCCUACUGGAAAAAGUCAAUACGCCAUGUGCUGACUGCACGAUGUUUGCAAAUGCCUUUCGGAAGCACGUUGCGAGUUAUACCGGGGCUUCUGUUCAAUCAAAUGCUCUUUGAACGCCUUGCAUACUUCCAGUUUUGUUUUCUAUAUUAAGCUGGAGGCCAGAAAGUGGCGGCAACCUUCUUUGUCGGGUGACUUGUAUACAGUAUCAGGCACUUGCAGAAUUCAUCUGAAGUUAGGAGGCAAUUUGCAACGGUAGGAUUCUCAUUCUUUCUAUUGUUUUUAGUUAACUAGCUGCUGAUCUUUUCUCAUAAGAAGUUGACAAUGAAUUUGAUCUUAACUGUAAGUUAGUUGUUAUAGAACUUUUGCGCUGGAGAUGAAAGAAAAUGUUUAUUGGUUUUUAUUUAAAAUAUUUAAAAUAUUUGCAAAUGGAAUGAAUGGGUAGAGGAAUGGAUUAUAUAUACAGCAUGCUCCAAUGUCUGCAGAUGUACAGUCUUUAGAAAGCGAAAACUGAGUGUUAAAUGUUGUCCCUUUUAAAAAGGAAUUUUACAUAUUCGCAAACCAAGAGGAAUUUUCAAAAUGACAUAAACAGAUAAGUACUGAGAGAUCAAAAGCAGAUUCAUCUUGACGUGAAGAUUAGAAAAGUUGUAUUAUCAAACCCACACUGUUUUAAUUCCAUCAAUAUUAUGAUUUUUCAAUACCAAUUUAGUGAUUUCUGAUACUUGGUAAAGCAAUUUGCCCUUAGAAAAGAACCUACCCAUUUGGAAGAAUGUAGAAUUAUGAUAAUCAUUUUAUUUCAUUGUCCUGGCUAGAAUUUUCUGCUUCCACCCUUGAUCUCAGCCUGCUUUAGAUGCAAUAUUAUUGCUACCUUUGUUCCUACAGCAGCUCUGAAUGAAGUGAAACCAUGCAUAAAAAGAAAAGAGGGGCACACAACAUUUCGGCAACAACUUUAGACCAUAGCCUCCACACAGAGAUCACUAUUGAGACCCACGUGUCCAUUAAAGUGGUACUCUGUAGAUGUUUUGGACUAUUGUUUCGAUCAACCCCAGCUCUGUAAACCAAUUUGAAGUUCUAUUACAAUUAAGCAUAAUGUUGUAAAAUAAAGAAAAUAAUCUGCAGGACAUGAGGCUGACAGUGGCUGCAUGAAAGCAUCCAUGUGGCAGUCAUGAUGUGUAAAAGGUCCUUAUAUCGCCUCAUGUGCUCAUCAGUUACACUUAUAGCCUAUCUUUCCUCCAGGGAACUCAAAGCAGUUCACCCACCCACCUGAUUUUUAUUACCGUAGUGGCCCUGUGUGGUGCGUUAGGCACAGAGGUAGUAACUUACCUAAAAUGCUUCAGUGAACUUCAUGACUGAGUAGGGAUAUGUGAAGAAGGGCCUUUGAGCUGCUUCUUUUUUUCAUAUGUGAUGCCCCAAAUUCAAUCGCCGGCAUCUCCCAAGUAUGGCUGGGAGUGUCUCCUGUCUGAAACCUUGGGGAGCCACUUCCAGCCAAUGUCAACAGCACUGAGCUAGAUGGAUCAAUGGAGACUUAAACAGCUUCCUAUGUUCCUAAACUGGGCUUCGCUGAUCUAAGCACUAUACCAGACCACACUCAAGCCUCAGUUCUGCAUCAGUGUCAGUAGUCACUGUGGCUGUGUACUACCAGUCUGAAGGUAUCAGUGUGCAUUUCAGCAGUUGCAAAGAGAGACUUUUCCAUGUGCCCUCUGCUGUGUGGAGCACUGCCACUGAGAAGGGCCAAAGCUCAAUGAAGCUCACUGAUAAAGCAGUUGCUUUCCAUGCGGAAGGUCCCAGGCUCAAUCCCUGAAAGCUCCAGGUAGUAUUUGAAAAGGACCCUGAAGCCCUGGGGAACAGCAGUCAGUCAGUGUUGGCAAUACUGAGUUAGACUUUCUAUAAGGCAGUUUCCUGGUUCCUAUGUCUCCUAAGAGUAGCUGAACAGUAGAGCAUCUGCUUUACAUGCAGAAGGUCUCAGGUUCAAUCUCAGCAUCUCCAGGUAGAGCUGGGAUAUGGUCUGACUUAGCAUUGGACAUCUUCCUGUGUUUUCUUUAUAGCUGCCUCACAGGGGCCGUAAAUGUUUAAAGCACUCUCUUGUGCUAGGUCUUUAAAAUAGAAAUAAAAAAUUAAAUACUCCAUCACAGUUCUUGGGGGGGUGGGGGUUGGGAUUCACAAAAGCUGCCAGGCAUUGUGUGGGAUAAUAUGAGGAAUCAUUCAGAAAACACAAGUUCUAUAAGCAUCAGGCUUUGAGAUCAUCUGCACAUAUUUUUGUAUGUGAUUUUGGUGUGCCUGAUAGGCCACCUGAGAUCCAGGGGGAAGAUGAAGUAUAUUCAGCACUUACACAAAAUUAUAAUUCCCAGAAUUCUAGGAGUUAUAAUUUUGUGUGAAUGCUGAAUAUAUUGUCUUCAAUUUUUCUAGCUAGUCCCAGUUCCUUCACAGUAAUACAAGUUCCUACAAUCCUUAGGGGGUAAAGUCAUGGCAAGUAAGCAAGCUUGAAAUAGGUUUAAGUUGUAAUAUGAAGACAGGCACAUCCUCAGUAAUGCUCUAACCUGCAGAAACGUCAUGAGGAACAGGCUUCAGAGUGCUGUGUAAAAUAAAGGAACAAUCUGGUUAAAAGCUGGAUAUCAUAGAAUCACCAUAUUGGAAGAAACUAUCUCGCUUAUUGUGCACUUGUUAAAGGCAACCCAUUUAUCUCUUCAAGCCUCUUCAUUCCUGCAUAGGAGGCUUCACCUUGGGUUCACCUCUGUAUGUUAAGAGAGAAAUAACCAUGAAUUAUUAAGCCACCGUCCUUUAGUGACUCAUGGAACAAGCAGCUAUAAAUUAUGAGUUUGUCUUAUUUUCUUUCUUUUUCUUUUUUUUCUUUAAGGGCCAAACUGCUCUCAUCUCCCUGCUUCUGUUAAACUCUAACUGGCAAAUGUCAAUACCCAUUUGGCAAGAUGGCAUACACAAAAAAUGUGCAUUACAGUCAGGUAUUAUAUAUACCUGGUGGCAAUAUGUGGAGGUUUGACUACUACUGCUUAAGUAGAAAGCAAAGAGUGGAGGAGGGGGAGGUUAUGUAGAAGACUCUUAGCAAAUGGGUGCAGGAAGUAGAACUUGAAAGAAACCCAUAAAUAAAAAUCCCCCUUACAUACUUUUUAUAGCACAUUGCUGGUUUUUCCAUUGUCUCACAGACUAAAAUGCCCACAUUUAUUUUUAACUUCAGGCAAUACUGCUUGAAAUUUCCAGGCUGCCAGUUAAGUAUAGUGGUAAGAAGAUGGUUACUCAGACUUCAUAAGACAUAGGGAUGGUUCACACUUGUGAGCUUAACCCAUCAGAUGUCAAGGAAAUAAACAACUACAAUGGUACCUCGGGUUACAUAUGCUUCAGGUUACAGACGCUUCAGGUUACAGACUCCGCUAACCCAGAAAUAGUACCUCGGGUUAAGAACUUUGCUUCAGGAUGAGAACAGAAAUAGCGCAGCAGCGACGCAGUUUCAGGUUAAGAACGGUCCUCCAGAACGAAUUACGGUAAGUUCUUAACCUGAGGUACCACUGUACCUGACUUUUAGGAAAUAUCUGAAGGCAGCCCUGUUUAGGGAAGUUUUUAAUGUUAGAUGUUUUAUCGUGUUUUUAAUAUUCUGUUGGGAGCUGCCCAGAGUAGCUGGGGAGACCUGGCCAGAUGGGCGAGGUAUAAGUAAUUACUACUACUACUACUACUACUACUACUACUACUACAGUGGUACCUCAGGUUAAGUUCCGGAGGUCCGUUCUUAACCUGAAACUGUUCUUAACCUGAAGCACCACUUUAGCUAAUGGGGCCUCCUGCUGCUGCCGCACCGCUGGAGCACGAUUUCUGUUCUCAUCCUGAAGCAAAGUUCUUAACCCGAGGUAAUAUUUCUGGGUUAGCGGAGUCUGUAACCUGAAGGGUAUGUAACCUGAGGUACCACUGUACUACUACUUUGGUUGGUUGCUUCACAGUGUGCUGAAGUGGUUAGAUUAUUGGACUAGGGCAGGGGUCAGCAAACCUUUUCAGCAGGGGGCUGGUCCACUGCCCUUCAGACCUUGUGGGAGGCCAGACUAUAUUUUGAAGAAGAAAAAAGAAUGAAUUCCUAUGCCCCACAAAUAACCCAGAGAUGCAUUUUAAAUAAAAGCACACAUUCUGCUCAUGUAAAAACACCAGGCAGGCCCCACAAAUAACCCAGAGAUGCAUUUUAAAUAAAAGCACACAUUCUACUCAUGUAAAAACACUAGGCAGGCCCCACAAAUAACCCAGAGAUGCAUUUUAAAUAAAAGCACACAUUCUACUCAUGUAAAAACACCAGGCAGGCCCCACAAAUAACCCAGAGAUGCAUUUUAAAUUCAAGGACACAUUCCACUCAUGUAAACACACGCUGAUUCCUGGACUGUCUACGGGCCAAAUUUAGUAGGCGAUUGGACUGGAUCUGGCCCCCAGGCCUUAGUUUGCCUACCCAUGGACUAGCAGGGGUCAGGAAACUUUUUCAGCAGCAGGCCGGUCCACUGUCCCUCAGACCUUGUGGUGGGCUGGACUAUAUUUUUUGGGGGGGGAAAUAUGAACGAAUUCCUAUGCCCCACAAAUAACCCAGAGAUGCAUUUUAAAUAAAAGGACACAUUCUACUCAUGUAAAAACACGCUGAUUCCUGGACUGUCCGCGGGCCGGAUUUAGAAGGCGAUUGGGCCGGAUCUGGCCCCCAGGCCUUAGUUUGCCUACCCAUGGACUAGGGCCUGGGAGACUAGGUUUCAAACCCUCACUCAGCUAUGAAGCAAACUGGGUGACCUUGCGCUGUCAGCCUAACCAGGGUGGAACAUUCAUGGUGCCAAAACAGAGGAGUCACAUGCUGCCCCCACAAAUAAAAAGGGGACACAGAUUUGCAUUAAAAUGUUCAUCAUAUGCUCAUAGACAGGCAUAGAAUUUUUAAAAAUACACGCUAAAGAUUAAAUUUAGGAUCACUGAUCUUUUUUUAGGUCUGUGGACACAUUUGGAUUUUGGAAUGACCACUACUCACUCUGUUAACUUCCCUCCCCUUGAUCAACACCCCCUUCCACAAAGGAGUUUGGCUUAUUAGAUGGUGUUCCCCACUAUAUGCAGUUCCCAGGAAUGUAACCCCCACAUAAGUGGGGAGUCACCUGUACUCACCUCCUGCAAAGCUAUGGGGCCAAACUCUGGGUUGACUGGGGCGGUGAUGUUAAAGGCCUGCAUCCUGAUCAAAUCUGACCCAUCUGUGCCAAAGUUCUGGUCCAUCUCUACAGGUCUGGUUGGCCAGUUGUCUCAUGGGCUAGUUCCCAGAUGUUGCCAGCAUUCUGUGGUUACAGAAUUUAGGCCUGGUCUACAGGUGCAUAAAAUCUUGUAAUGGCAGAAUGGACUACGUACCAUAGCAGGUGGAGACUCACAUAUUUGAAUGUUCUCUUAACAUAAUGUAUUGUAAACUACACUGUGAUCCUAAGACAAAGGGCAGUAUAAAAAUUUAACAACAACAACAAAUGAACAAAAGUGCUUUCCUAUAAAUAGAAAAUCAUCACAACAGCCAGUCCUUUUCCCUCAGAUGUCAUAGCUUUUCAGCUUGCUGGGAGAUUUCAUUUUUGUUUUAACAAUGAGGAGUAUUCAAGGCGUGAAGGACCCUACAAGGCAUCUUGGACUUCAUUUCUGCUUAGCAGUCUGUGUGUUGCAGGAGACAAGAGGCUGUUUUUAAAACAUGGUUUAACAUUAAGUAAUGUGCUUUAUCCAUCACUAUCAAAUCCAUGUUAAGUGUAUACAUUUUGUUACUAAUAGCACUGGACUAUAAAACAUUCCAUGCUGUUAAGGCAGCAAUAUAUCAUGCAUUCUGACUUGUGCAAUAAAGCAGAAUAAGAAAUACAGCCAAAUUGUAUUUACGCUGUGCAGGAUUGAUCAAAUGAAGGGCAAAGCUUCCUUGAAUUUUCAUUACCGUGUCCGGAAGACACAGUUCUGUUUAUGUAAGCUGUAUUUCAUUUCAUCACUCCAAAUCCCGUACCUUCACUUAUACUAAUUUGAAAUGUUCCUGGAGUUUAAGAAAAGUCAAUAAACGUUGUGGGGGGCAGGGGGGGGAGGAAAUCCUGUUCUUCUGAAUCUGUCCUGAGGAACAAAGUGAGCUGUGAAAGACCCAUGAAAGCCAACAAGACUUUGGCCAAGCUCAGCAAUGAGUAUCAUGAGCACAACAUGUCACUAACUUAACGUGUGGUUGUUGGCACAUUUGAUUGGUGGUGCUUCUUUGUAUUGGAUGAAGGGAACCACAUGCCAUUGGUGGGUGGUGCCAAAUGCAAAAAUGGGUGGACAAUUGGAUAGGACUCUUACGUUUGUCAAGCUGGCUACAUUCCAGCCACGCAACAGUUAGAAGUUUCUAUAAGCCAGUUUGAAUCACUAACAGGUAACAAUUCCCUGCCUCUCCAAAUCUCUCCAUCCAUGAAAGCAAAAGGCAAUGUCAUAGUUCAAUAACACAAUAACACAUUUCAGCCGGGCAAAGGGACUUGAGGAGAGUGCAGAGGCUGGUGAAAGUGUAGCAUGCAUGGGGAGAAGGAAUGUGGGAAGAGUACCAUGGGCUGAAUAGAGAGACCGAGAGGGUGACUUCUUGGUCACAGGCCACAGGUUCUUCACCCCAUUGUAGUCUUGGAAGUGGAUAACCACUUCAGCAUUGACUGUGUAAGACACUUCUGCUUGGAGAUCUGCACUGGUUACUGAUUUGUUUCUGGGCCAAGUUCUAGGUGCUUUUAUUGGUAUAUAAAGCCCUUACUGGCUUGGGAUGGGAAUCACCUCACCCCAUAUGUGUCCACUCAACUGCUUCAAUCUGCAGAACUGGCACUUUUACAGAUGCCACAUGGUACGUGUUCACACUUGUAAGAAAAGCACGUAUACUUUGGAACUCCCUGCCUAUUGACAUCAGGCAGGCAGGUGCCUUCACUGCAUUCCUUCCAGUGCCUGCUUAGAACAUUUUUCUUUAGGACAGCUUCCCAGCCGUGUAGAUGCUGAUUUAAAUCUCUUUACUGCAGGUUCUGUUUAUAAAAUUGAUUUUAAUUACUUGUUUUUAGCUGUUUUCAUUUAUAAUUUUAAUAUUUCUUGGAAACAGCUUAGAGGUGUUGUUACAUAUAUAGAUACUGUUAAGUGAAAUAAAAAACAAACAAUAGAGUAAUUCAUUUUUUGUGUUUUCUUCAGCUGUAGGUGUAGAGUUAUCAUUUGCGGCAGAGCUCCGGCCACGAGGUGCCUUUUGAGGGUGUCACUCAAAAUCAAAUAG